UUGAACAAGUCAAAACAAAACCCCACUCUGCCACUCAUCUAUUACUCUCUCCUCCAUAACCUCCUAUCUAUUUCCUUCUUCCACGGCAGACCGGCAGCAAAUAAUUAGGCGAUAUGGAAGCAUAUUAUAAGUUGCUGUAAUUGAUUUUGGGGAAGAAUAUUAUCCAAUUUGGCAAUCAGCUAGGAAAUCAAUUUGAAAACUGCUUCCCCAAAUUCUUUCUCCUCUUCGAGAAACAGUUCUUGUGACAAUUCAGAUUUAGCAGAGAGGGGCAUUUUUCAGAGGCUUCGUAGAAUAUCUGGACUCUCAGAUCCUUUGCCUGUUCAUGGCUUUACACAUUCAGAGGCAGAACCACUUGAGAUGACAGAAGAAGCGCCAAUAGAUGAUCAGUCAUUCAGAGAAGAUUCUGAGGAAUGUUCAGAGUCUGAUACAGUGAGCACCUCAGACUCAGAACAUCACUCUGGUGGACAAAGUUCCCAUUGGCGUGGAUUCAUCCAUAUGUUGAAAAAGGGACCUAAGCGUUUUCAGACUUUUCAUCCAUUGAAUUUGCCAAAGCUUACUAGGAGAAAGAGUAGGAGUGCAAGACAUCACAUGAUCCCAGUCAUACCUGCAUUAGAAAGUGGAAUGUGCUUCUUCAAGCCCUCUUGGAAAAAUUUCUCUCUUAAAGAGCUACAUGAAGCAACAAAUACGUUUAGCGAAGAAAAUAAAAUAGGAGAAGGAGGUUAUGCAGAGGUUUAUAAGGGAGUUCUUCCAAGUGGACAUCUUAUUGCUGUAAAACGUCUUUCCAAGGGAGACCCUGAGGAACUGGCAGCAGAUUUUCUAUCUGAGCUUGGGAUUAUAGUGCAUGUCAAUCACCCAAAUAUUGCUAAAGUUAAUGGUUAUGGUGUGGAAGGCGGAAUGCACCUAAUUCUUGAUUUGUCUCCUAAUGGAAGCUUAGAAUCUGUAAUUCGGGGGUCGAGGGACAAACUCCAAUGGGAUAUUAGAUAUAAAAUUGCAUUGGGUUCAGCUGAAGGCCUACACUAUCUUCAUGAAGGUUGCCAACGCAGAAUAAUCCAUAGGGACAUUAAGUCCGCCAACAUAUUGCUUACAGAAGAUUUUGAAGCACAGAUAUCGGAUUUUGGGCUUGCAAAGUGGCUUCCAGAUCAAUGGACUCACCACACCAUUUCAAAGUUUGAAGGGACAUUCGGAUACCUUCCUCCGGAGUUCUUCAUGCACGGCAUAGUGGAUGAAAAAACUGAUGUAUAUGCUUAUGGGGUUCUCCUGCUGGAAAUUAUUACUGGUCGUCUGGCGCUCGAUAAUACUCAGAAAAGUCUUGUUAUGUGGGCCAAACCCUUUCUUGACAAGAACAAUUUAAAGGAACUUAUUGACCCACAUCUUGGUGAUGGCUAUGACAAGGAUCAAAUAAAUCUGCUGGCCAAAAUAGCCAACAUGUGCAUACAUCAGUUCUCAAUUGAACGACCUCAAAUGAGGGAGGUUGUACGGAUCCUGAAAGGUAGCAACUCUUCUGAACAUGGUAAGGUAACUAAAAAACCUUCCCUUAGAAGAUCAUACUCGGUGGAGCUUUUUGAGGCGGAAGAGUACAACUCAACUAGGUACUUAAAUAAUGUGGAUCAGCUCAUGCAAGUAGCGUUUGAUCUUUGAAAUAUAGUUAGAUUGUAUUUGCCUUUUGGUGUCUAUUGGAGUCUGGAGACUGCAUCAGUAACUGCAGCCCUGCAAAAUUUGAUACCUAAUGGGUUGUGGGAUGUGACUUAACUACUCGCAAUGUAUAUUCGUCUUCAGAUGAGGGGGAAUUCAAUAAACAUCCUCGUGAAUAAUUUUGUGCAAGGGCUCAAGGGAAAUUCUCCUAUGACUUUUUAAGAACACUUAGCUGUUUAUUUGUUUGACAAGUAUAUGUAUAUAAGUUUAUAUUGGUGUAUAGGAAAGGCCUGAGGUACAUGUUGUAUGUUACUCUGAAAUGUGAUUAAUCAUCUUAUUAUGGAUUACGAUAUUACAAACUAAGCCAAGAUAA